ACUGUACAUUAAUUUCAUUUCUAUAUAUAAGUGAUUUAUUAUAUUAAUAGAAUACUUUAAAUGUAUACACAAUACACAAAAUAGUAUAAUAAACUUGUGACCCAGCCUCAACCACUACUAAUCAUCAGCUAUUUUUGUUUCAUCUACACUUCAACCCAUUCCUCACUCUUCACUUCAUUAUAUUUUAGUUAUUUUUGUGAAAUAAAAUGUAUAUAUGCUGAAAAUUCCGCUCUUAACUGCACCUUUUUGACACAUCAAUGCACUCAUAUGAAAUUCUCCCCUUUUAAGAAUAAAAUUACUACACUUAACAGUGUUACUACAGUAUAACAGUGUUAUCACACUUAACACUUAACAAUGUGCAUGCUAAUCACCUGGUAAUAUUAUUUAAAAUCCAGAUUUGAAAGAACAGGUCUGGGAUUUGCCUAUAAUUUGUAUUUCUAACAAAGUAUAAAUCUGUAGAGCACGUAGUAACUACAAGGUCACUUGAAUUUAUAGUAAAGAAUAUUUGAUGUGUAAAAUUAAGGAAAAUUGACUCGAAUCAAAAUGACCAAUCAAAACACCUAUACGACAUACUCUGUAGGAGCAUUUGAUUGACAGUGAUAUAAACUAACCAAACAAUUUUACAAUUAUUUUGGUAACCAAAAUUAGCAAAAUAUCUAUUAUGGAUUCCAUGGAAAUGCUCCCUCAGAGUUAAAAAUUCUACUAUCAUGAGAAAGCAUUGGUUAAAAAAAACAAAGAUUUGGAAGUAGAUGUCUUAUACAAUAAGUAGCUGACAACUUUCCUCACCCCAUAAUUGGCCUUUAUUGAGUUGCCACAAAUUCAGUCCUUUACAGACCAAGUGCAGAUAAUUUUUAUAGCUUCCUAUUAAAAUUAUAUUUUAAUGCCCUUACAUAAUUUAACUCAGUUUCUUAUAAUGUUAAAUACCUUAAAAUUGCUUAAAACACAAACAAUAAAAAAAUGAUGUGGACCUAUGAAAACAUUUCACAUUAAAAAUAAAAAAUGGUCUUUUCCCACAUAAAGAGGCAUCCAACUUUAAUAGUCGUUAGAAAAAAUAAAUUACAAAAUAUAUGUGUUUUCUUUGACCAUCAGUUGGUUCUUAAUCUUGUUUCUUUUUAUGAUCAAUUGAAUGAGGUCCUGAGUAAGGAACUCUGAAGUAUACUGAGCUCUUUAUGUUUUUCUUUUGAGUUCCUCUAUUUAUGCUUAGAGAAGGCUGUAGACACAGAGUAAAUGAGAGACACUGGAAUUUCAGUGUCCAAAGAUGAUUUAAAUACUCCAAAUAUUUCACCUUUGUCUUUUUUCCUUCUGUCAGUCAUGGUAUAGGGCUCCAGAGUCUGAAUUUGCCUGGGCUACUUCAGUUGCAUGGUUCUGCUUCUUCCAAUUUGAGCCCAAGGGCUGUGGGACAGGACCCCACCCCAUACUUCACAAGACACCCCCUUAUCUUGACCAUGUGUCCUAAGAGCUGACAUGUUACACAUUCUCUGCUGGUUGAAAAGUAGGGAGGUCAGUGAGUCAGAAUUGAUCAUAGGCAGCUUUCAAAAGUUACUGUUAGGACAGUUUUCUUGUUUUAUUUAUUUUAAAUUUAGGGUUUUUUUAUGGCAAGAAACAGACAAGUGGCCCAUUAGCUGUCUGGAAACUCAUGAUGCAAUAGUCAUAUCUGCAAUCCAUUUUAAACAGAAACACAAGGUGAAAAAACGUAAGAGGUACAAGAAUGAUGAUAAUGAUCCAGCUGAAUAUAUCAGCUCAGUCUUUGAAUGCUGUAUAGAUUCUACAGAACACAGUGGCACUCCCAGGAUGACUGAGGUGAGCUAAAGGGGAAGUUUCCCUUUCCAUAACCUCUAUGUAUAUAAUUGACAGUAGAUAUUAUUUUCUUCAUGUGCAAAAUAUACACAUGUGUUAAUGUAAGAUUGGUUGAGAUAUGGGCAGUGUCUUAAAUACUUCUGGGUGGGAAUUGAGCCAGAAAUCAGAUGGUGAUGAGUCACUUGAAUACCUGUCCCUGUGCCCCCUGGCUUUGAUCCUGCAUUAUGAUAUCAUGACAAAAUCCUGUAAACUCCCCUUAUAUGUUUCUAGGUCCCCAGUGCAAUCACAGCCUGAAACAUUCUUUCUUGAGGCUAUGAUGAGUGAGAACAGCCAACAGGAGGGAGCCACACCUGCUUAUAAAAGGCAGAUCUUCCAGAACAACCCACACUCUGAAUCUGGAUGUGUAAGAGAGAGGACCUUUCACUUGAGCUUCAACAUGGGAUUGUGAACUGAAGACCCAGACCCCUACUACCCCUACAUCAAAUUCCCCACUGACCACUCCCCUUUCCAACAGAUCUCCUUUACAGACAAAGACCCAUAAGAAGGGGCUUUUGAAUGGAUAGGUAAGACAAUGGCUUCCCAUUCCAGUGAGAAUGCAAUCCAAAGGCAAGGUAAGAUCUUGAGCUGUCCAUAUGGAGGUUGGAAGGAGUGGUGUCAGCAAUAUUGAGUGUUGUCUUUGAUAGGGUUUUAUUCUGAGCAUGAGUAUGAGAAAUACCUUAUAGCCCUCAAGGCUUCGAUAAAUGUAACAGUGAUCUCCUGGAUCUGUAUUCUUUGCUUCACUCUUGACACUGGCUGAACAGCAUCACUUCUGGGAAAGAAGCACAAAUACGGACCAGAGAUGGACUAUAGGGCUCUGUGGUUCAUGACAGUUGAGUCACAUAAUCUUCCAUUUGCACUAGGAUCAGAGCCCAACCCAAAGGAGAAGGAGAAUUUCAAGGAAACUAAGCUCAAAGCCAGAAAUAGCACCACUAGAUUAGAACUGUUCUGCUUAGUCUUUCACUCACAUGUUUCCUGCACAGAGUACUAUCUUGGAGAUGAGCACAGCUUGACUUUGGAAAAGAAACCAAAGGCUUCCAACAUCAUAAAUGGCACUGAAAUCAAGGAGACAUGUGAUGCCCAUAAUAGAGAACCACUGAGGGCCCACACUGAGUGCAACAAGAUGCUCAGAUCUCAGUUCCCAGUAGAUCACCUGUGGCCAUUUCAUAAAAGACUGGUAACCUCCCUGCAAGCAAUUUCUGAGGCCAUGUAUCAAGACAGCCUGGGCAUGGGCACAGCAGAUGAGGCUUGAGCUGGGAGCUCUCUGAACUAUUCAGAAGAGCAUGCAACUGUGGGGGCAAGAACAAAGACCAACUACUUCUCAGAUUCUUCCUGAUGACUUGCAGAAAUUUCAGACACACUGUUUAAUAUAUGACAGAACCUGGGACAGUGUCAGUAAAGGAACCUGAACAAUAUACUCACAAUGGUGAAAUCUGAGUUUAUGGAGGGCUAAGAUUACUGACAAAUUUUGUAAUUCAUGUAGGACAGUUGAGUAUUUUGGAUGUUUUAUUACUGUCCUGCAAUUAUUUAUAAUUAGAAACAUAUUAGAGUUUAAUUAUUCACAUGUUUGUAUACUGUAAAAUGUAGCAAAUAGAUAUAUAUUUAUAUCCUCCUUCUUUAAUCCAGAAAAAGACGUAGAUCUUCACUUUCUUAGCCCCAGUCAAUUGAGGACUUAUAUCUAUUAACCUUUUUUAUUUUAUUUUUA